AUGGACUGGUUGAAGGAUCAAUUAAACAUGUUUAUGUUCAGUUUAUACAGUGAAUCUCCUAAACCAUCAGAAUUCUGGAUCCCCAUUGCUGCAUACCUCACUGUUGGUAUACUCAGUCUUUUGAUGUUUUUGUACCUCUUCUCGUUGUGGAGGCGAAAGAUCAGUGUAAGCUGGAUGAAAGUGAUCGCCCGGUCAAAAAGGAGAAACUUCGAGAGAAAUCAAAAGGUCCCUACUGCUGAACAUAUAUGGUCUGCAGAAUCUCUACUUCGUGCAAAAGGACUGAGGUGCUGUGUGUGCCUAGAAUCUAUUACACCUGCUCAGCCCCUUGGGACAGUGAUAACAUCAGAGAACAUGGUUCACCGCUGUGAUGUUUGUGGUGCCGCUGCGCACACGAUCUGCUCUUCAUACUCUCAGAGGGACUGCAAAUGUGUCUCGUUGCUGGGUUGGAAGCAUGUAGUCCACCAAUGGACCGUGCUGUGGACCGAUAUAGCUGACCAGCCUGAAGAAGCUCAGUAUUGUAGCUACUGUGAGGAGCCAUGCAAUGGGUCUUUUCUUGGAGGUCCAAUAUACUGCUGCAUGUGGUGCCAACGGCUGGUGCACGUUGAUUGCCACUCAAGCAUGUCUACCGAGACAGGCGAUGUUUGCGACCUCGGUCCAUUCAGACGCCUAAUUCUUUCCCCACUUCACGUUGGGGCCAAGAACAAGCCUGGUGGGAUUUUAAGUUCUAUAACUCAAGGUGCAAAUGAGCUUGCGUCCACCGUGCGGGGACAUCUUAGGAACCGAGGUAAAAGGCAGAAAUAUGAUAAAAGAUUGUCUUCUGACUCUAUGGCUGGUGAGAGCAACGAUGAUUCAUCAAGCGAUACCGCACCAUAUUCUAACCAGAGGGCCAAGGAAUUAAAAACAAAUGUUGGCAGUGUUCAGAGGCAUGCUGAGAAUGAACAUGAUAGUAGCGAGAGCGAUUGUAAAGAGGUCGUAUCAGAACCGAGAAGACUCCAUAAUGAUGACACAGGAGGAGCCAAACUCAAGUAUGUGUUGACUGACCUGCCUGCUGAUGCCAGACCUCUUCUAGUAUUUAUCAACAAGAGAAGUGGAGCUCAGCGUGGAGAUUCUCUCAAGCACCGGCUACAUUUCCUUUUGAACCCGGUGCAGGUGUUUGAGUUGAGUUCAUCACAAGGGCCAGAGGCAGGAUUAUUGUUGUUCCGAAAGGUACCACAUUUCAGAAUACUUGUGUGUGGUGGCGACGGUACUGUUGGUUGGGUUCUCGAUGCAAUAGAUAGACAAAAUUAUGCAUCACCUCCGCCUGUUGCAAUUCUUCCAGCUGGCACUGGCAAUGAUCUUUCAAGGGUUUUAUCAUGGGGAGGCGGUCUCGGUUCUGUUGAGAAGCAAGGUGGCCUCUGCACAGUUCUGCAUGACAUAGAGCAUGCGGCAGUCACCAUUCUAGACAGAUGGAAGUUGAUCCAAGGAACUUAUUUUUCCAUGUUGACAGGUAUUGGUUGCGAUGCAAAGGUUGCACUUGACAUUCAUAAUCUCCGCGAGGAAAAUCCAGACAAGUUCUACAGUCAGUUCCUAAACAAGGUGCUGUAUGCAAGGGAAGGCGCAAAGAGUAUCAUCGAUAGGACAUUCGCAGACCUACCUUGGCAAGUUAGGCUAGAGGUUGACGGAGCUGAGAUCGAUAUACCAGAGGAUUCAGAAGGCGUCCUCAUUGCAAACAUCCCAAGCUAUAUGGGAGGGGUUGACUUGUGGCAGAACGAGGAGGAGAAUCUCGACAACUUUGACCCACAGUCGAUCCAUGACAAGAUGCUUGAAGUAGUUAGCAUCAGUGGAACCUGGCACCUGGGGACACUUCAGGUCGGUCUUUCUCGUGCGUGGAGGAUCGCUCAGGGCCAAUCGAUCAAGCUACGGUUCUCUGCCCCUUUCCCGGUUCAGGUGGACGGGGAACCUUGGGUCCAGCACUCGUGCACGCUGAAGAUAUCCCAUCAUGGACAGGCUUUCAUGCUAAAGCGAGCAAUCGAGUCGUCGCUUGGCCAUGCCACCGCGAUCGUCACGGACGUGCUUGAACAUGCCGAGACGAGUCAAGUGAUCACGACGUCGCAGAAGAGAGCCCUCCUGCAAGAAAUGGCCCUAAGGCUCGCGUAA